AUUACUGGCUCCUCUACAUCCGAAGCAUAUCAAACAAGACGCUUGAAUAAAUUUCCAGUACAUCGACAAUCUCGUAGUCACCGGCCACGGAACUAUCGACGGCUUAGGAAGCCAUUCGUGGUCCUCCACUAACUUCGACAUGAAUCGUAGACUACCAGCGAACAUGGCAUUCGAUUUCGUGAGAAAAUCAAGAAUUAAUGGACUAAUAUCACUCAACAGCAAAUCGGAACACUUGAACUUCUUCUGCGUAGAUCAUUUCAACAUCUCUCACGUCAAUUUAACGGCUCCUGGAAACAGCCCCAACACUGACGGAAUCAAGAUUGGUAUGUCCAACAACGUUAAGAUUCGGGACAGUCACAUUGGUUCCGGAGACGAUUGUAUCGCAAUCCUCUCUGGAAAAACUAACUUUGAUAUCCAUAACAUCACUUGUGGUCCUGGACAUGGGAUCAGUGCCGGAAGCUUGGGAAAGCACAAGGAAGAAAAGAACGUCGAGAAUGUUAGGGUUAGGGACACGGUUUUUACUGGGACAAGCGCCGGUAUAAGGUUCAAGACAUGGGAAUCUUCGGUUGCUGAGAUCACCGUUUCGGGAUUCUUGUACGAGAAUAUCAAGAUGGUUGAUGUCCGACACGACAUCGUAAACAUCGACCAGAAGUAUUGUCCUUACCCACCGUGCCUGAAAUUAGGAGACUCUCAUGUUCAGAUCAGAAACGUGACGUUUAAGAAUAUUUGGGGAACAUCGAGGGACAAAGUGGCUGUAAAUAAAAGCUUUCCAUGCAAAGAUAUUCAGUUAAUUGACAUCAACUUAAUACAUAAUGGAUCUGACGGUCCAGCCACCGCGUUGUGUGAGUACGUUAAUGGUUCUGCUCGUGGCAAGAUGUUUCCUCCGAGUUGUUUAAACUGAGCUUAUCGUUAGUUGAUUUUGGUAUAUAUUAUUCAUUACUGGUGUAGAUGUGAUUGUAAAAAGUCAGUCCCAAAGAGAGAGCUUA